UCCUCACCAAAUUCCUCAGCUUUCUCUCUCCCUCAGACACGGGCAACAAGCGGGGGCGGGGCGGGGAUCCUCUGUUGACUGCGAGCCUAUCCCACCCCAGGGCGAGGGGAGACGCCGCGAGGAAGCUUGGAGGCGCCCCUGUCCCUUGGGCAGCUCCCAGACCAUGUCCACGGGCUCGCUCAGCGAUGUGGAGGACCUUCAGGAGGUGGAAUUGCUGGAGUGCGACGGCCUGAAAAUGGAUUCUACCAAAGAGUUCGGGACGUCCAACGAGAGCAACGAAGAGGGCUCCAACUGCGAGAACGGGUCCCCCCAAAAGGGGAGAGGCGCCUCGGGCAAGAGGAAAAAGGCUCCCACCAAGAAGAGCCCUUUGAAUGGAGUGAGCCAAGAAGGGAAGCAAGUCCAGAGAAACGCUGCCAACGCCAGGGAGAGGGCGAGGAUGAGGGUCCUCAGCAAAGCUUUCUCCAGGCUUAAGACCACGUUGCCCUGGGUCCCUCCGGACACCAAGCUUUCCAAACUGGACACCUUGAGACUGGCAUCCAGCUACAUUGCUCACCUGAGACAGAUCCUGGCCAAUGACAAGUAUGAAAAUGGCUACAUUCACCCGGUCAAUCUGACGUGGCCCUUUAUGGUGGCUGGCAAACCAGAGAGUGACCUGAAAGAAGUGGUGAACACAAAUCGCCUAUGUGGACCUACAGCAUCCUGACCAGCCUCAAGCCUAGGAGACAAUCUUCAGUGUCGGUGUCUGUGUGGCGGGGGAGAUGGAGAGGGCACCUGGAGACUCCCCCCUAAAGAACACUUUAUAGAGACGAGGGGGUUCAUUCAUCCUCCACCACGAAAGAAGAGACCAAAUGUACAUUUGCAGAGACUCCACCCCAAAGAUCCCAUAUAUUUAACUUUAUUAACGCGUGUACAGUGGACAAUCCGCAACGCAGCCUUGCUGGUUCAAGUGCUGAAAAGCGAGGGAGAGCAAACAAAACGUACCAAAGUGUAUCUUUUGUAUGAUAUAUUGUGACAUAUGUAGAUGCAUAGAAAUAAUUGACUUUGACAGUCACAUCUAUAAAGUAAUUCACCUUAAAGAUAUAUAGAUAUAUUUUCUUCAAACAGGCCGUGCUAUAGUUCUGUGAAUAAACCUUUUAUAUUGAAAAUAAAUCCAGAGCGGUCUAGUUUUCGUUUUGGGCGCUGGAGCGGUUUGUGGAAGGACACCACGUCCUCGGUUCCCCUGAAAGC